AUGUGUAGCGUGAGUAUAUAUUUGUCCGCCUUCGUGUUACUACAAUCAUCACAGUUAUGUAGGUCCUUUAUUGCAAAUUCAUCAUCGGAUGGAGAUUACAAAUUUCUGGUAGCCGGAGGCCAACGCGUGGCGAACGUGCAAAACUAUGCCCGCUUCAUGGUCUCAUUGCGUCAACGCACCGCCACCAGAUACUUUGGUGAUAAUCAUUAUUGUGCCGGCGUCAUUAUCAGUUACCGUUGGAUAGUCACAGCGGCGCAGUGUAUAGUCUAUCCUUCAAAAAUCCCGCGACGUCCGCGUACAAUAAUUGUUGUGAUUGGCACGGAGAAUCGCAUAAUACAUACUAACACUACGCGUCUUAUGGCCGUCGAUAGAGUUGUUGUAAAUCGGAAUUUCACAUUGUACAGCACUCACGAUAUCGGAUUGCUUCGAUUAAAGCGUCGUAUUACACUCAAUGCUCGCGUACAAAUUAUGCCGCUACCCACACUUCCACCGCCGUAUGGUGAGCUUUGUAUAGUUCUCGGUUGGGGUAGACUUUACUACGAUGGACCGUAUGCGGGUAGCGUGUCACACGUUGUGUUACAGCUUUCUACCGAGGAGGGUUGUAAAAAGGCUUAUCCCCGUUACUCACCGGGUGACUUAUGCGCUAGCUAUCACGGUCGCUUCGAUCAUGAUCCAUGCACCGGCGAUGCUGGUGGACCACUUAUUUGUAGGGGCAAACUCGUAGCUGUUGUUUCUUGGACUCUUGGCUGUGGUCGGACUGAAACACCAAGUUUAUACACUGAUAUAUAUUACAAUUUGAAAUGGAUUAAAUCGGUGAUGGCAGGUCAAAGCCGUUUAUCUGUGUUGAAAGAACUCGAAAUUUUAGAGUUAAUAUAUUUUGUAUUGUUGUAUUUUCCAUAAGAGCUUACU